AGACCUAAACCCGUGGCUGAGCCACGAAGGCACAUCAGCACUCCGUGGGAUGGACGCUCCUGGGAGCAAAAAAUUCUGAGAGGCAGAGGCAGAAGGAGAGCGCUGGCGUGGGCAGGGCAGAGUUAGGAGAGGAGCAGGUCGCAGCGGAGAAGUAGCUAUUCGGAGGGGGAAAAAAUAAACCUAGGCUGGAGGCGAGCGAGGACUGCAGAGAGACUUCCCUGAUUCCUCCGUCCGACUAAGACAUUUAUUUCGUGGUGAGAUGAAGAGAUCAGCCUCUUUCCCCUUCCUCUGAUGUUGGUUCGGCACGGCUGGAGCAGGCGGCAGCCCUCGGCAGGACCCGGGCGUGUGCCCAGGAGCAAUUGCAAUGCCAGCACUGGUCCCAGCUUACCAGAGGUGAAACCUGGAGCUGACCAGUCCCAUGUGAGUGCUGCUGCAUGAGUUCCCACGCCCUGCCAGCUCCCACGGCCCCCUGACAUCUGAUGACAGAGUGAGCCAUGGGCAGCGUCCGAGUCAAUCGGUACAGCAUCGUCUCAACUGAAGAGGAUGGACACAAGGUCUCUGCACUGGGCAGCGUGAACGGGCACAGCCGGAACGGAAAGGGUCAUGCUCCCCAGAGGAAGCACCGCAACCGUUUUGUGAAGAAGAAUGGCCAGUGCAACGUUUACUUUGCCAACCUGAGCAACAAAUCUCAGCGCUACAUGGCCGACAUCUUCACCACCUGUGUGGACACGCGCUGGCGUUACAUGCUGAUGAUCUUCUCUGCUGCCUUCCUGGUCUCCUGGCUCUUCUUUGGCUUCCUCUUCUGGUGCAUCGCUUUCUUCCACGGCGAUCUCAAUGCACCGGCAGUGGUAGGUAGUCCCUCUCUCCUCAAGCCCUGCAUCAUGCAUGUGAACAGCUUCCUGGGGGCUUUUCUUUUCUCAGUGGAGACACAGACAACCAUUGGGUAUGGCUUCCGCUGCGUGACUGAGGAGUGUCCACUGGCUAUCAUGGCAGUUGUGGUGCAGUCCAUUGUGGGCUGUGUGAUUGACUCCUUCAUGAUUGGCACUAUCAUGGCCAAGAUGGCAAGGCCCAAGAAGCGGGCCCAGACCCUCCUUUUCAGCCAUCAUGCGGUCAUUUCUGUGCGGGAUGGCAAACUGUGUCUCAUGUGGAGGGUGGGCAACCUGAGGAGGAGUCACAUCGUGGAGGCCCAUGUCCGCGCCCAGCUCAUCAAGCCCUACAUGACAGAGGAAGGGGAAUACCUCCCCCUGGACCAGCGGGACCUAAAUGUGGGCUACGAUGUGGGUCUCGAUCGUAUCUUUUUGGUCUCACCCAUUAUUAUUGUUCAUGAGAUUGAUGAGGAGAGCCCCCUCUAUGGGAUUGGCAAGGAAGAGCUGGAGACGGAGAAUUUUGAGAUUGUGGUAAUUCUGGAGGGGAUGGUAGAAGCCACAGCCAUGACCACACAGGCACGAAGCUCUUACCUUGCUAGUGAAAUCCUCUGGGGUCAUCGCUUUGAACCAGUUGUGUUUGAGGAGAAGAACCACUACAAAGUGGAUUACUCACGCUUUCACAAGACGUACGAGGUAGCUGGCACACCUCGCUGCUCAGCCCGGGAGCUGCAAGAAAGCAAGAUGACCAUCCUACCUUCUCCACCACCUCCCAGUGCCUUCUGCUAUGAGAAUGAGCUGGCACUUGUCAGUCAAGAUGAAGAUGAAGAUGAUGAUGAAGUGGGUGUGGUGUUAGGGGGCAACACCAAGGAGGAGGGAGGUAUAAUCCAGAUGAUGGAUUUUGGAAGCCACCUGGACCUGGAGCGACUCCAGGCAACUCUGCCUCUAGAUACAAUCUCAUACCGCAGGGAGUCAGCCAUCUAACUCCUCCAGCCUCCCUGUUCCGCACCCAUUGCCCACAGUGUUCUCUGUUCCAUACCCAUACACUGGAUAAGUCCCUUCACCACCAAAUGAUGCCUCCCAUGAUUGCUCUCAGCCCCCAAAUACACCAAGGCCUGGAGCUGCUCUGAUAUACUCCCUUUCUCACGGGGUCAUAGUGUCUGGGAGAGGAGUGAGGAUACACUACUCUUUCCGGGCAUGCAGCUUGGGCUAGAACCCCUUUCCUGCCCAGAGAUAGGAGAGCAGCAGGCCUGGUUUCUUGUCUCUGGAGAGGUGACAGGAGUCCCUGCCUUCAGUGGACAGACUGAGACCCCAGCAAGUGUUUCUGCUGCUUCUGAGGCAACGGCAGGCUUUCUGUCCCUCUCAUUAUGGGUAGGUCUCAUGGCUGUCAAGGGUCAUCGCUGUCACUGGAGGAGCAACACCUAAGCACUGACAGAUAAGGAUAGAAGGGAGAGUUUGGGACUCCUGGAGGGAGUGGGGAAGGAUCUCAAGAGAGGAGUUUACUUGCAUGUUUGUUGCUUGUUGCCCAUGAUUUUGUAUCUAAAAGAGAAGGAGAACUGAAAUCAAUAUUCUUCCACUGCAAACACCAAGCUAGGAGACGAGGACACUCCACAUAGGCUGCUCUGCAUUCUCCUUGGCUUUUGGUGUCUGUCACCUCCAGAAGCAUCUUGGCUCCAUGGACUCAGAUCCAGUUCACCCAGUACUCUUGAAAAACUUGUCCUGCUCCUCUCCUGAGAUACCUGGCAGAAGAGGCAGGGCCCUGUGCUUACCACACUCAGACUGCUCCCUGGCACAGCACUGCCAGGAUGACAGACAGGUGAUCUGACUGGACAGCAGAUCCUCCACUUGCUCCUUUUGCCUCCUCCAUUCCUCUCCCUGAUGCCAUCAGCUGUAAAACAGAAUUUGUAACUAUUUAUUUUUAAUAAAGUCUAA